UUUUGGCCUCAAGUUGCAAUCUGCCUUGCUUCCGCUUUUCACGCUCGCGUCCCUUUCCACAGUCUCUCGGAGCGAGAGAGAGCAGAAGAAAACUCUGCAGAGAGAAGCACACAAAAAAAUAUCCCCUUUUUUCCGAAUUCUACGGAAUCGUGGGAUAUCGUGGGUCCUACAAUCCUGCUACAGUCCUAAGCGGGAUCAUGUGAUCUCAGGACUACGAAUCACUUGGAUGCUGCCCUGCUGUUAAGUUUGGAAAACCAGGUAUAGAAUAGAUGGACCUCAGAGAUUUUAUGCACAGACACCGUGGAGCAUGAGAUAAUAGGUGAAAAUGUUUGUGGGAGCAUUAUUCGUCUUGAGAUAAUGCCAUCAUCAUCUGAAGUAUUAUAGCAUUGAAAACAAAAAAUUGUCAUGUGCACUGAAUGGAAAUGAAAACUCCACAGGAUUCUCCAUGUGCCGCAGAAGUUCAACCACCUUCACAAGAAUCUCAAGGUAACAGACAGAAUAAUGGAGGUGGUGAUGCUCCUGCAGCAGAAUCUACUUUGACUGCAAACGGAGAUAACAAGAAAGUUUCUCGUGAAGAUAUCGAAUUUGUUCAGAAUCUGAUAGAACGUUGUUUACAGCUUUAUAUGAAUAGAGGCGAAGUAGUUAGAACUCUGUCUAAUCGUGCCAGAAUUGAGCCAGGCUUUACCAGCCUAGUAUGGCAGAAGCUUGAAGAAGAGAACUCAGAAUUUUUCAGGGCUUACUAUACCAGGCUGAAGCUGAAAAAACAGAUUAUCAUGUUCAAUCAGUUAUUAGAGCAUCAGUACCAUCUAAUGAAUUAUCCUGUUCCAGCUAAGGUUCCUAUUGCACCUUUACAAAAUGGAAUUCAUCAUAUGCCCGUCAACAAUCUCCCUAUGAGGUAUCCUUUGAUCCCGCAGCCUCAAAUGUCAACUGGUCAACCACACCUUGAUCCUGUAGGUUGUGGACUAUCUAGCUGUCAUUUAGUCAAUGGAAUCCCCGCGCCAAGCAGCUUUCAGCCCAUUCGAAUGAAUUCUGUGAAUGAUAUUCUCAUAAGCAGAAGCAUAAACGAUGCUGCUCCAGCUGCAGCUCUAGGCAAUGUAGUGUCGAAUGUCCCAGAUAUGGCUGUUAGCCCUGCUUCAGCAGCAUCGAGCAACCACUUCCCUUUCACGCCAUCUGAAAUGUCAGGCAUGGGCUUGGAUACAGCAUCUCUGGAUGCAGCCUUCACGGCUGAUGUCGCAACAGCUGGAGGAUUACCAGAUGGUGGGGUUGGGUCCUCGAGGGACUCUAUCAGAUCCUUGGGUCAACUAUGGAACUUCAGUCUCUCAGAUCUUACUGCUGAUUUAACGAAUUUGGAAGAUCUUGGAGCUCUUGGGAACUACCCUGGCUCUCCCUUCCUGCCCUCAGACUCGGACAUCCUGCUUGACUCACCUGAACAGGAUGAUAUUGUUGAGGAAUACUUUGCCGAGAUCAACAAUGGCCCAUCCUCUCAGUCAGAUGAAGAGAGAUCAUAGUAAGCAUGCAGGGAUUACCUUCUACUGCUAUAAUCAGAUUAGUGCAUCCUUCCUCUCUGAACUAUUCUAUCUUUUUAAUUUAAACAAUUUUGUGAUUGAACAUUUGAAUAUUAGACAAAUAAAGAGAGAAUAAGUAAUUGCCUGUCUAGGUAUAUUUAUCUUGUAGUUUUUGGCUUUCUUGCUUUCACUAUAUGUAUUUCUGUGUAAAU